GCCCGUACACUACAUAUCCCAUGAACACCACGUUUCAGGAAGCAGACAUUACGUCAUCCAGCGUGAGGAAAACUCACAUGGUAGCUGACUGGAAGUAGAGAGGACGUCUAAUACUGGGGAGUCCAGAGAAACAUGUCUGCAGCUAAAGUGAAGAUGCGCGAGAAGAAGAUGAGGAACCAGCCCUCCAGCGUCCAGUACUCCGCUUCUCCCCGUCACGUGGAGAGCAGCGCGCAGAAGAACGGGGGGGCCGCUCCGGUAACCGGUGGAGGUGAUGGUGGUCCAUCUGGCGUCCAUCUUAAUACAGAAAGGUCAAAGAGCCCUCACCCAAAGGGCGGAUGGGUCCGAGGACACCAGAGAGAUGGUGGAGACUACGCCAAGGAGAUGCCCAAGCACAUCACUGCUGGAGCUUUUGCCACGGCCAGGGCGUCAGAGGUGAGGACGAUGCUGAAAGCCACCACCAAGACAACGGGCAGCUGCCAUGUCUUUGGAGCCCUGCCCAAACACAUGAGGAGACGGGCCAUGAGCCACAACACCAAGCGGCUCCCUUGCAGGCUGAGAGAUGUGGCCAACAGAAUGCGAGAGAAGAGCCUCCAGGCCAGCUCAAAGAAGAAGAAGGAAGAGUCAAAGGGCAAGAGCCGCAAGGCCCGCCGCCAGCACGGCAAUCUGCUGCUGGAGUUCAACCGCCGCCAGAGGAAGAACAAGUGGCUGGAGACGCACAUUUGGCACGCCAAGCGCUUCCACAUGGUGAAGAAGUGGGGCUACUGCCUCGGGGACAGACCUACGUACAAGUGCUACCGGUCUAGCUACAGGGCCAUGAGCAGCCACUGCCUGCUGCAGGACCUGUCUUACUACUGCUGCAUAGAGCUACAAGGAGAGGAAGAGAAGCUGCUGGCUUCUCUGUCCCAGCUGACCAGCAAGGAGGCUGGUCCCACAUUUGCUGCAGCACUGAGUCUAUCAGGGCAAAGACAGGGCAGUGUGGACGUGUACAGAGCGGGACAGUACCCGAUGCAGCCCCUGGGCCCUGUCACCUUCCUCUGGAGACCCCGUGCACAGGGCUCAACCCACAGGCAGCUGUGGAUUUGGGCUCAUCCUACUAUCAAACCGGACCUUCUUCCUGAGUUACAAACUGUCUGCCAGUGUUGUGAGGCUGUACUUCCUCCCGCUGCUCCAGCGGUGAUACCUACUGAGGGUGUUUCCGCCCUGGAACCAGAGCCAAAGCCUGAAAAGACACCUGAGUCUAAGCAGAUAACUGGAACCAAGAGAAAGCAAACCUUUAAAGAUGCCAGUGAACCGUCUGAAAAGAAGAUCCUGGGAGAUGGAACCAGAUCUCCCACCACCCCAGUUACCUGGAAGUCCAGCUCAAACGGGAUAGUUAUAAGUGAUCUCACAAUGGAGAUUGUACGCUAUCGUCUGAUUGGACCACAGUCCCAUUCAGUUCUGGUGGAAACUAUGGAAGCGGCUACAGACUGUGAUGGAAUGAAUACAUCCCAGCCCUCUUGCCUCUGGUGGCCUGAGCACUGCAAAAACGAGAGCAAGAUGAAUCUGCAUCAACAACAAGCCGAUGUCUUUCACCUGCUGAAAGGCGUCUAUUCGACUGGAGAGCUCCCCUCGGGCACAGUACUGGGUCUGACUGUUGAUGACCCCAGGCUGACUUUACCAACAAAGAAGGUUAAAGCUUUACCCUGUGUAAAGCAGGCACAAGAGGUGGAAGAGGAGAAGAGGAGGGAGCUGAUGUUGCGAGGAGCACCGGCACACUGCUGUCAGAGUUCCCUGUGGGAAAGCUCUGUCCGGGACAACGUCACGGUUAACAAGAUAUCCAACAAGCUGCUGAACCAUAUGAGGAGUGAGCUGCUGGUGCCGGGCUCCAGGCUGAGCCCCACUCCCCUGCAGGGCCGAGUCCCCAUCCUGCUGGUUCACCAGCCUGGCAAGCAGGUGGGGCAUGAAAUGACCUCCUGGGGUGCUGGAUGGGACCUGUUGCUUCCCAAAGGAUGGGGCAUGGCCUUCUGGGUCCCACUGGUGUACAGAGGCGUUCGCAUCGGGGGCCUGACCAUGAGUCUGAAACACUCUCAGAAUAAAGGAGCCGCACACUUCCCCCAUGAUUACCCAGACUGCCCUGCAGGCGCUCGCUUUCAGGAGGAGCAGGAGGCCCAGCUCCUGUACGAAUUCAAAAGGUAUCCGCCCGCCAAAAGGAACAAUUACAUUAAACACGGCUGUCUGGCCCCGUUCUGUUGCCCGUGGCAACAGCUGGCCGAGGAGUGGGAGCUCAUCUUGAGGGAAGGAGGAGAGGAGAGGGAAGAAGACCGACUGACCCAAACCUCCACGAAGGCUGACGCGGUGAUGGAGGUGGCGACGCCACGUGAAGACGUCACUGUAACAAAGCCUCCCAGCCGGGUCACUGUACUAAGGAACAAAAAGUCCCUGAGGCUGCUCUCUGGUUGGUGCAGACCCACAACAUCUAAAGGUCAAAGGGCACGCCGCAGCUGCGGGGUGUUGCCUCUCGACCGGGCGGCCAUGGCGCUGUUUCUCUCGGCACAUGGGAUGAGUCUGGUGUGGGUGCGCCUGUCGCUGCUGUCCAAGGGCAAACCAGAGCUCCACGCCAUGGUGUGCGUGCCGACCGCAGAGGACCUGAUGCUGUGCGGCGGCGGCCCCCAAGAGCCGCCGCACAGAGACCACUUCAAAAGUCCAUUUAGACGCCAAAAGAAGGGCUCCAAGGCGGCGGCUGCUGCCUCGUCUUUGUGUUCUGAUAAGAAGGAGGGCAAAGAGUCAGACCCUGCCCCCGCUUCUGAACCAAACUCCACCGCACCUGAAGGCCCCAAAUCCUCCCUGGCCCUCCCCAUGGGGCUGUGGCCGGACCCUCUGCCCAGCGUCACCGCUCACUGCUCCCGGGUGAUGCUCGGCUGGGUCACCCAGGGCGACUUCUCCCUGUCAUCAGGCCGCGGGGAGGCGCUGGGGUUGGUCAGCGUGGCAGGUCUCCUCAACACCCUCUUCAACCAGCCGGCGGAACGCAGAGGGACGUUGCUGCUGCGCAACCCCGCGUCCCUGCACUACCGCGUUGCUAAAGUCAACCUCGAGGUGUGAUUGAAACAUCUACGCCCUUCGCAGAACUUACAGGACAAACGGAAAUUGAAAUCAUAAGUUGCAUGAUGCUUUGUUCACCAAGUGAUCCCUGUGCCUUGAUGGUGCACUGAACCCUGAGUGGCAUGCAUGAGGCCUGGCUACAAGCUACCUGGUGGCGCUGUUGGAAAGAGCUUUCUUUUAGUCGUGUAUAAUUUACUCUGCAUGAGGCAUCCUCAUGGUUUCAGUUGGACACGGUUUGUUGUGUAUACAACUGGGUUCCCAAAACUAAUUACUUUAUGGCUAAUUUUACACUCCUUUAUGCCAGGAGUCAUUGUGUUGGCAUUCUUUUCUUUUGUUUCAUUAAGUCAAAUUUAAUGGGUGAGUUUGGGAAAAGUUUCUGUAUCAAACGCAACUGAAUUGAAAAUAGUUCGACCACAAGCUAAUAAAAAUACCCAUGCUGCACUUC